GAGUUCAUGAGGUGGAAGCUUCCAUUCUUUAGAACCGCCACCGUCAUUCUUUCGUUUCACCAUAAAGAUCCAAUAUCCAAGAUGCAUAUUGUCAAAAUCUAUAUUAAGAUUUAAGUUAGAAUACUUACACAUACCGUUUGCUUCCAGUAGCGAGAUCUCUCAUGUGCAUUUACGCUUAGACAAUAUCUAAACCCUGCCUUUUCUUUUCCUUUUCAUUUUGUUUUAUUUUGUAUUUUCCCUAGUUGUCCACAAUGGCACACGUUCCGAUAUCAGAUCAGUCCAAGCACGACGCUCAAGUCGUCUCGGAACACCUCCCGUCUGGAUAUUCGGCCGAAUUCGAUGGGGUAACGGGGAGUUCUGUUGGUGCAUCAUCCUCGAGCCCGGACCCGACAGAUCAAGAAUCAGGCGAAUCCUCGCUAAAGCUCCAGGGAGGUGACAUACACCGAGACCUCUUCAAGACCGCUGCUCGGGUCAAGAUGCAUAAACGAGCUGCAACUUUCCACCACCCCCAAGAUAUCAUGGGGGAAACCGGGCCCGACGGCUUAACCGUAAGCGGCCAACUGGCCCCGGGAGGCUUCCGCAGAGCUUUCAUACAGCAAACACGGCGGCGCGAGAUAUGGGCUGCCAGGGUCCCCGUCACUAGGAAUUUUGUUGAAUUUUUGGAGCUGUAUGGGAGCUUUGCUGGGGAAGAUCUUGAGGAUUCAGACGAUGAAGCAAUACUCUCCGAGGAAGAAGGAGAAGAAGGAGAAGAAGAGGCAGAGCCAAGCGAGACGGGACCGCUUCUUGGGCGGCGGAGGGCUUCGCGUGCGCCGCGCUCCGCUACCGCCAGUACCAAACAGACCUUCUUUACCCUACUAAAGGCUUUCAUUGGAACCGGAAUCAUGUUUCUUCCCAAGGCCUUCAACAAUGGUGGCAUUCUAUUCUCCUCUUUGGCCAUGCUGGCUGUCUCCACAGUUACCAUGUUGGCAUUCCACUUACUUCUCGCCUGCAAGGCAAAGUAUGGCGGCGGUUAUGGAGAGAUCGGCCAAGCAAUAGCAGGGAAGUUUAUGCGCGGAUUGAUAUUGUUCUCCAUCACCAUGUCGCAGCUGGGGUUCGUCUGUGCCGGCAUAGUGUUUGUAGCCGAGAACAUGACCUCUUUUCUAAAGGCCGUUCUACACGACGACAGUCCGUUAUCCCCCACCUCUUCAAUUCUCAUACAGCUCAUCCUUCUCAUACCGCUGGCGUUCAUACGGAACAUAGCAAAACUCGGCCCUGUUGCACUUAUUGCAGAUGCUUGCAUCUUGCUUGGUGUAACUUACAUCUAUUACUACGACAUUGCACACCUUGCAUCCGAUGGCAUUCAUGAAAGUGUCGUUCUCUUCAACCCGGCAAAGUACACCUUAACUAUCGGCGCAGCCAUUUUCACAUUUGAAGGCAUCGGCCUCAUUCUUCCAAUCCAGUCAUCUAUGACCAAACCAGAGCGUUUCGAAUGGCUUCUCGGUAUGGUUAUGUUCCUCAUCACGGUUCUUUUCACUGCUGUCGGUGCUCUCUGCUAUGCCACGUUCGGCGAAAAUACCCAGAUUGAAAUUAUCAACAAUUAUCCUCAAGAUAACAAGUUUGUCAAUGCGGUGCAGUUCCUCUACUCGCUCGCGGUUCUCGUCGGAACUCCCGUCCAGCUAUUCCCUGCCAUCCGUAUCAUCGAAGGUAGAAUUUUUGGCUCUCACUCGGGCAAGAAGAGCGCCCGUACGAAGUGGAUCAAGAAUGCGUUCAGGUCAUUCAUAGUUCUUGCGUGUGGGGCAUUUUCGAUAGUGGGUGCUUCUAACCUUGACAGGUUUGUCGCGUUGAUCGGGUCUAUUGCUUGUGUCCCGUUGGUCUACAUCUAUCCAGCAUAUCUACAUUACAAGGGCGUUGCAACAUCGUGGGAAGCUAAGGUUGGAGAUAUCGUAUUCAUGGUAGUUGGAGUUAUUGCUAUGCUCUACACAACUGUCGUCACCGUUAUCAACAGCUUCAUGAGCUGAGCGUCUGUUUAUCGACUGUGGGAUAUGCACGGCCGGAAGCGAAAAUGAAAAUGAAAAUGAAAAUGCAACUUGAAAAUUCAUGCAUAAGUCACAAUUGGAGUUAUUAACCUUUCUAAGUAGCGAUCAUACCUUGCAUUGAAAUCAUAGAUACAUGUUUUUAUCAAAAACUUACUUAAGGACCUUCGACAUCGAGGAUUUGUAUUUGAUGAACUUAGCAGCCUGUGAUCAUCUUACAGACAGUACCUGCCAUUUAAUUAAUUAUAUUAUCGCUUAUAUACUUUGAAUAGGUUCGAGGUCGACCCGUUUGUCGCCUUUUAAGCUAGAUACACGUCGGCUUAAUUUAACAAGACUACAUUGGCGAAUAAGAUGAGAUGUCGACUCGCGUUAGCCAUGCCAUGGCUACAGUUAAAGUAACGCGGCACAUAGUAAUAUAGACCUUGGAUAAAGGCUUGAGUUCUAAUAUCAUUUUAGAU